UGAGACCAGCGAGCAGCAGCCCCCCACCCCAAGGCCAGCUGGGCGCUGUCAGACCCGGGUGUUGUUGUCGUGAAUUAGAUCCAACACAUAUUGAAAGCGUCGCCAUCUCUCCCAAGCUCCAGUUGUGUUCGCGGGAAAGUUUUUUUCAGCUGCCACAAUGAUACUCGUGGUCUCCCACAUUUCUGGCCAUCGGCAAUUGUGGUGCAUUCAUAACAAACAUAUGACUGGAGGCAAACUUUUAGAAGCAUUAUUGGAACGAGAGGGCCAGGCAUCAGAUGUGGUUUUGCAGUCAGAGGGUCGCAUCUUGUCUCCCACAUCACAAGUGUUUGAAGAUGCAACUGUUGUCGCCACUCUCCGACUUCCAGGAGGGAAAGGUGGCUUUGGUUCCAUGCUUAGAGCAAUUGGUGCUCAAAUUGAAAAGACCACGAACCGUGAGGCUUGCAGAGACUUGAGUGGCCGACGCUUGAGAGAUAUUAAUGAGGAAAAGAGAUUGAAGGACUUCAUUAGCAAGAAAGCAGAGAGAGAACAUGAAAUACAGGAACGGAAGCGUCAAAAGUUUGAAAAGUUGAAAGAAACUCCUAAGCACACAUUCCAAAAUGAUUUAUAUUACCAGCAGAGGAAACAGAGGGAGAAAAACCUUUAUGACUCCUUAGAUAAAGCUUUUGAAAAUGUGAAUGGAAGUGGUCCCUCUGGUAUCAAGAGACAGGGUUCAAACAUCAAAGAGGAAACGGUCUCCAAGACUAAGAGAGGAAGAUUCAUGGAUGACUUGGAUGUAUCGAGUGAAGACGACAGCGAGAUUGAUGACGAGUCGCCAUGUGCAACAAAGAGCAGCAGAAUGAGUGAAAAUGAAAGUGCUACAGAAAAGGAAGAUAAUGUAGUAGUUUCUGCCGAUAAUUUAUCGUGUAAAGAAACCAGCGAUGAAGACAGUGACCAUGCAGAGGAAACUAGCAAGAAUGUCCAUCACGUUAAUGAUGUCAUAUGGACAAAAAGUGACACGCCUGAUAACACUUCAGGGAAGCCUGGUUCUGACAUGAAAAGUGAGCAACACGCAUAAUUUUGUGCUAAUUAGGAUUAAAAAUUGACAAGCCUAGGUGAAUGAUUUAAAUAUACAAAAGCUUACUUAAUGUUUUUAAAUUCCACGUUGAAGUUUUGCCAUUUCUAAUUUUGUUUAAUUUGAUUGUAUAAAUGGUAUCAUUAAACCUUUAUCUACUGUGAAAUUUCAUGGGGUUAUUGAUAUUACCCAAAUAUUUUAUCAGCAUAGUUAAACAUUUAACUCGUAACUACACACCCUAAAAUUAGGUAGAUUUUUUGGUGCAUAUAAAAAAGAAAAUAGUUUUUCAUUUCUGUAUCAUAAAACACAGCUUUCUGAAGCUGGGGGGGAAAGCUAAUAUUUUUAGUUUGACCAUGGCAAUGUUGAUGUUAUAUCCUGAGAGAAUUUUUAAGUUAACAGGUUGCUCCAUCUUGCUAAUACAGUAUCUUACAGGUCUAUGCCAUCAAUGGUUCCUAGCAUAGAUGUCAGUGCAUGGUGAUGCACCAGACAUGUUCCCCAUUAUUUUAUGAAGGCCCAGGAAAAAACAAUGGCAUUCAGGGGUUCUUUUUCUAAUAUGGUAAAUGCUUGCCAGGUCUCGAGUGUCAAGUAUAAUCUUUUAAAGAGUUUUGAAUAUUACAGGGCACAUCUAGUUUCCCGUAGAUUGGUGCACUGGUCCCCAUCACUUGAGGGGUGAGGGGGAGCUGUUAGGGUUAAGCAGGUGCACUUUAGGAAUUGUUUAGAUGAUAUACAGUACUGUAUAUGAAAAGUUAUAUAAUUAAAAUGGAUAUUGUUGAAAAUUUGUUAUACCAUUUUAGGUGGGAAAUUUUGAUUAUCAAAACCCCCCCCCUUUACUUCUAGAAUCUAAAGUUGUUGAAGGCUUUUUAUGAAAUUUGAAACGAAUGCACAACUUAGCAGGCUUUAUAAUACUAAUGAGUAUAUUUGGAAAAAUGGUUUUGUAGAAUUUUUUGGAGAAAAAAUAACCAUUCAUAAUUUGUAUUAAGAAACAUAAAUUGGAUACUUUGCUUGUAAAGUAUUGAUUGCACAUUUUUUUUUUUUUCCUCUGUUCCCCCUCUGACUGCUUAUGCCUCCAAAGUAUAGAAAGUGGCUUGUAUUUCCUCGAACUUUGCCUAAGACAGGGAAGAUGUCUUGAAGGGGGCGGCAAAGGUCAAAGCGAAGGUUGAGAGGAAUUUUUUUUUUUUUAUAUAUAAAACUUUUCUAAUGAUUAUACAGUAAUAUAAAUCUGAAAAUCUUUUGAGUUAAUUAAAUUCAGCCCCCUUAAGCCUUAUUUGUCUAUUGUAAUACUACCUGAGCCACCAGUGACCAGACUGAACUUUGUUGACUUUGAACAUAGCUUUAUAGUACAAGGGUGUCAGGUAGUCGGAAAUAAUCAACUAGGAACAAGACCUUAUUAAAAAUUAAAAAUUUUGCGAAGCAGUUUACCACUUGUGAGUACACACUGUAUUUAGAAAUUGUCUUUUUUAAAACUUCGAUGUACAGUACUCUAUUUUUCAUGAUAAAGUACUGUAUAUAGUAAUUUUAUAAUGGGUAUAAAUAUUAUAUAUAGUACUGUACUGUAUAUAUAAAUUUAAAUUACAGGAAAUAAGAUGUCCUUGUACAAAAAGAGGAAUACUUUAUUGCUGUUCUUAACUUAGACAAAAGAGAACAUUUGCAUUUUAGGCCACAUGAAAAAGCUGCAGUUGUACCUUCAGCAAGUCUUAAUGUUUAACAGCAACAAUAUGGUUAUGUUAUGCCAUUGGACCCUUGAUGCUAAACAGCAACAAUUUACAAAAUGUACAUAUUGGUUAUAUGAGGGUCAAGGAAAAUUAAGCUACCUUGUCCAGAAUCUAAGUAGACACCAAGAAACUUUGGUGGGAGCAGAUUCAAAGUACAAAAAACUAUGGAUUUACUCCCGAUUCUCGUCAUAUACGGUUCCAUCUUCCUUGUCCUCAUAAUUUGUAGCCUGACCGAGAUCCUAUGACUGCAUACAAUGCACCUAGCGGAUGACAGAUAACAUGUAGAUUUUAAUUGAAUAAUCUGCAAAUGCUGCCGAGUAAAAUGCAAGGAACAAAAUUCAAAUGAGUGUAGGUUAUUAAAAAAAUAUAAUAAAAAAAGUACUGUAUAAUGAAUUGGAAGUUUUUUUUAUUUGGCAGUGAAACAUUUGGGUAAAAUAUACUGUAAUUUGACAACUAAACUUGAAUUAUUUUGUACCUUUUUAUAAAAAAUUACUUCAUUAUCUUGUGCUUAUAAGUAAGAAAAAUAUACUUUGCCCAGCACUGCAGUAAUUAUUCCCUGUACUUCCAAAAGAAUAAAAAAUUUGUACCAAGAUGAGAGAAGCUAUGGGUGGACUAUUGCAAGUUAAAUUUAAUGCCCUCAGUUUAAUAAUCCUUUUCCACAGCAACAAGUGGGGCAGGGUGAAAAAAAGCUUACAGGAAGAUGUCGAGAUAUGUUACAUAAUCUAGCUUUCCACAUCCCAGAUAAUGGGCAGAUUUGCUCAGCAUGACAUAACUUGCAGGUGGGCACCACCAGUGUAAGGAUAAUUGGCCUGACUGCCAGCUCUGUAGUAGACGAAACUUUAGCAUGUUGAGCAACCCACAAUUUGUGUCGAGUCACAGGUUCAAAUCUUAUUAUAAGCUAUUAGCAGACAAAUUAAGAAUUACAUUUUUUGUUUACCUAUAAUUUUGGUACAGUAUAGAGGGUAUAUAUGUAAAAGUACAUCUUUAUUCUGAAAGUAUUAAAAUUUUUGUACAUAAAUUUGAGUGAAUAAAUGCAAAAAGGAUAAGUGUUCACACAACUGCAAGAUGUAUCGCUAAAAUUAUUUGUACGAGAUCAAGUUCACUGUCGUGCAGAGGAUAUGAAGAAAAAUAACUAUUAGAUUAGGUCACUAGAUGUGCCAAUAGACUGGGCAAUUUUGUAUUUCAAAAUAAAUAAAAUAUUCAGUACCGUU